CAGCGGGAGAGAACUGUCCGCGCGGCGCUGAAGCGCGUUCGACCCGGGACGCGUCUGCACUGCGCCCUUAUGUCCCUUUGGAGGAAUCCCGGACUUUUAGGAAGCGAGUGGAACCCAGAGCAUCUCCCAGCCUCUUGGACCUGAGCCUCCCUUUGGCAUCCCUGGAGGAGAGAGAGAGAGAGAGAUGCUGAACUUCCCUCUCCUCUUCUUCUCCACUUCGUGGAUUUGGGGCCUGGUGAGUAGCAUUCACCCGGAAUGCAGAUUGCUGCUGGAAAUUCAUGAAGAAGAAAUAAGGUGUAUGGAGCUCCUAAAGAAUACCAGAACAUCAGGAUUUAAAGGAUGUCUUGGCAUCUGGGAUAACCUUACCUGCUGGCACCCUGCAGAAAUUGGAGAAACUGUGACAGUCCCUUGUCCAAAAAUCUUCAGCCACUAUUUCACCAAACCAGGAAAUAUCAGCAAAAAUUGUACAAGCAAUGGUUGGUCAGAUAUAUUUCCAGAUUUCAUAUCUGCUUGUGGAUACAAAGAAAUAGAGGACAGCACGAUUUUCUAUGUUCUGGUGAAAGCAAUUUACACCCUUGGACACAGCGCCUCUCUAGUUGCUCUGAUUACAGGAAGCAUCAUUCUUUGCCUUUUUAGGAAACUUCACUGCACUCGGAACUACAUACAUUUGAAUUUGUUCCUGUCUUUCAUCCUUAAAGCAAUCUCUGUCUUAGUUAAGGAUGCUAUCCUCUAUUCCAGUACUAAUGCAGAUCAGUGCCCAGAGGUUCAACCAUCUUGGGUCGGCUGCAAGGCUAGCUUGGUAUUUUUCCAGUACUGUGUAAUGGCCAACUUUUAUUGGCUCUUAGUUGAAGGACUUUAUCUCCACAUCCUCCUCAUGGUCAUAUUCUCUCCUAACAGACACUUCACCAUCUAUCUCCUUAUUGGUUGGGGAAUCCCUACAGUUUUCACCGUCAUGUGGAUAGUUUCUAGGGUCUAUUUGGAGGACACUGGUUGCUGGGACACAAAUGAUCACAGCGGUCCUUGGUGGGUCAUAAGACUACCAAUCCUAAUUUCCAUUUUAGUGAAUUUUAUACUUUUCAUUAGCAUUAUAAGAAUAUUACUACAAAAGCUGAGAUCUCCAGAUGUUGGAGGCAAUGACCAGUGCCAAUACAAGAGACUUGCAAAGUCAACACUGCUGCUUAUUCCACUCUUUGGAGUUCACUACAUGGUGUUCGCAGUCUUUCCUAUUCGCAUUUCCAAUAACUACCAGAUCAGUUUUGAGUUAUGCCUGGGAUCAUUUCAGGGCCUGGUUGUUGCAGUCCUCUAUUGUUUUCUGAACAGUGAAGUACAAGGUGAAGUGAAAAGAAAAUGGCGGAGCUGGUGCUUGAACCAAAGAGUGGGGCGAGAUUACAGACUGCAUAGCUCUUCAAUUUCACGAAAUGGAUCGGAAAGCAUCUCUCAAUUGCAUCGCAAUUCAACAACUCAGUUUUCUCUGCAGACAGAAACCACAGUGAUAUAAGCCAUUUGUGGCCCUGCAAAAGACUACGGGGCAUAUCACUGUAUAUGCAGCCCAGCCAAUAGGAUAUAUUCUAACUUGGCAGAGUGUGUACCCUGUUCUAUCUACAUGCCAAGAUUCAACAGUGGCCUAGUACAGUGCAAGGUAUCUUAAGAGCUUUACCCUAAAACUUGUUUCCAGUGCCAGGAUUCAUCCCUGGAACAUAAGAAAUACUUCCCAUUAAUGCAUUUUCACAGGUUAUCUGGCUUUUUAGACAUGUUGAUGUCUGUCAGAUUCAGAAAAUAAUUGAAAAUAAUUGGGAUUUACUGGAUUAAGAAUAUGAGAAGAGCCCUAGAAGAUCAGACCAAAGGUCUGUCUAGUCCAGCAUCCUGUUUCCUGCAAUGGCUAACUAGAUGACUAUGGGAAUCUAACAGCAAUAGUGAGUGCUUUUCCAUUGUUGGUUCCCUUCCCACUGGCAAUCUAGAGGCAUCCUACUUCUGAACCUGGAAGUUACACUUAGUGAUUAUGAUUAAUAUUUGGGGAUCGACAUUGCCCGAGAAUUUGUCUAAAUCCAUGUAAAGUUAUUUGUGCUGUUGACCAUUGCCACAUCUUGUAGCAAUGAGAACUAGAAUGUAUUUCAAGUAAAGAAGACAUUUUUGUCCUUUUCAUUGGACAACCCUCAUGUUUGCACCAGUUUUAUAGAUGACUAUAAAGCAAUAUGGUUUGUUUUGAGAGUCCAGAUUAUUUCUAGACCCAAGCACCAAAACACUGUUGAGUCUCAGCCCAGGCCUGUUGUAUUGAUAUUUGUGGGUUUGAAUGUGGCUUUCAAGCCACGUUUUGACCACUUCUGUUUUAGCAAGUGAGGCUAUGUGUAUGGAGUGGAAGUAAGGGCAGAGUAGGCAGGCCAAAACAAUUUGGGUGGAAUCCAGUGUCGUCAUUAUCGGCAAAUAUAUUUUCCUACCAAGCCUGGCAGGCACAGUUCAAAUCUGAGUCUGUAUGUCUAUUCAGGAGUAAGUAAAUGCAAUUUUUUUCUACCUGCAAAGCACAGCUCAAUUCAUUGGAGAUUAUUUCAAGUUUGUUGUUGUUGUUUGCCUUCAAGUUGUUUCUGACUUAUGGCGGCACUA